CCGCCGCCAUUAACCAGGGCUGGCAAGGCGCACGCUCCCCGCUGCUUCGUGCAACUACACCGCUGCUACUGCUGCUGCUGCUGCCACCACAGCUACCCGUCGUCGCCUCUGCUGCUGCUGUUUUCUGUGUGGCUCGCACUCGCACUCGUCCUCCCUUCGCGACCGAACAAUUGAGAGCUCGUCACAUAAUGUCGAAUUCGUCGUCGUCGUCGUCGCGGUCGCCCUCGUCGAGGAGGGCAGGUGGGGAUGAACGACAGGGUUGGCCGCGUAUGUCGUCGUCGUUGUCGUCGUCUUCGUCGGUGACAGUGUUGCUGGUGGGCCUGGUAGCGAUGUGCUUAUCUGCCACUGCGGACGCUCAACCUGUGACGAAUCCCUACCACAACUACGACGUCCGAAGCGCGGUGGCGAGUCCCGGUGGCGGAGGAGGCGUCGGCGGAGGGGUCAUUGCGCGCGAGAACCUUCACGGCCGAGGUGGUGGAGCUGGCGAUGGCGGUGGUGGUGGCGAUACUGCUAGGGAUUUGACAUCGGUGUUGAGGCGACACUUGUUGAAGCGACAGCAGCUGGCCGGAACGAACGAUGGCCUGCCGGGCCCGGCGCCGGGCACCAGCGUCGCACUGAUCAUACUGUACUCGAUAACGGGCAUCAUCACCGCGCUGUUCCUGAUGAUCAUAGUCACGGGUGCGGUUCGGGCGCACAGGCACCCGGAGAGAUAUGGGCCGCGCGCGAUCGCACGCUUCGGACGGCCACGGCAGUCGAGGGCCACGGGGCUGGCGAGAGCAGUGCUGGAUACCAUCCCGAUCGUUCGCUUUGGUGCUGUGACGCCGGAGCCCGAUGUCGGGAAACCGGUCGAUCUCGAGUUGCAGGAUGGGACCUCGACCCCGGCGACCCCGACGUCGGCCAGCCCACCGCCACCACACAUCGGAGACGCUGCCGCUGUCGUGGGAGCUGUCGCCGCGGCUGUUCCGUCCGAGCGAGCCGACACCCCCGACGUGCUGGAGACUCCCGAUACUACUACUAGGUCGGGCACGACGACGCCCGCGCCGCCGUCAAGCACGGCGAGCACGCCCGCACCACCCAUGGACAAACCGCUAGCCUCGCAGAACCAAUGUCCCGUGUGCAUGGAGGACUUUGAGCAGGGCACCGAAGUGCGGGUGCUGCCGUGCGGACACUCGUACCAUCCCGACUGCAUCGAUCCCUGGCUGCUAAACGUCUCGGGAUCAUGUCCGCUGUGCCGUAUCGACCUCCACCCAGAAGGCGAAGAAGCCGCCAGCGAAGCUGCAGCCGCAGCCGCAGCCGCCGCCGCCGCCGCCGAGACUGCGGCGGUUCCUCCGCUCCCCCACAGGAGCUCUUCGAGGCUAGCACAGUACCUGCACGUAGCGCGCGGAUCCACCGGCGACGAACGUAUGGCUGCGCUGCGCCAGGUGCGCGAGGAACGGAACCGCCAGAACGGCACUAGGAGGAGCCGCGUGCCCGAGCUGGGCGUCUCGCGGCUUAGUAGGGCGUUUUCGAGACGGAUGCAGGCGCGGUCACAGCAGCAGCAGCAGCCACCACCACCACCACCGCCCCCACCCCCGCCGUCGCAGGCGCAGUCGAUACGGCCAGAGGGCUCGACUUAACUACUAUAGAGCGGUUGCCCGGCCGAUUCGGUUCCAUUCCUUUUGUC